AUGGCUGUCUUCAUUGUUUUAUUAACUUUGCUACAAGUUUCAAGUGCCUUAUAUGGACCAAAGCUUUUGACAGGUGAGGUUGGAGGAUCAGUCACUAUCAAAUGUUUCUAUCGACCGACUAAAACCAACAGACAUGACAGAAAAUAUUGGUGUAAAAUAUCAAGAGCCAGGAGAGUUUGCAACACCAUCAUUUCUACCAGUUUUUUCAUCUCUGAAGACUACAGAGACAGAGCAUCCAUCACUGACUUCCCUAAGAAUGGCACGUUCACAAUACAAAUAACACAGUUGGAGCAGAAUGAUGCUGGGGCGUACAGAUGUGGCAUAGGCAACAGCAACAAAGCCUUAUUCUUCAGCAUGAAUCUAACAGUUUUGGAAAGUACAGUAGCUGGGGAUCUUCACAACAGGCUGAUUGCAAAAGGUUCUAAUGUAUCUGAAUCACCAGAGCUUGUGCUUGGGAAGCUCAGAGGGUCAGUAACAAUACAAUGCCAACCUGAAAAUGUCAAAGGCGGUGGAAAGAAAUUCUGGUGCAAACUGGGAAAAACUGGCUGUUCUAUCAUAGCGGACUCAGAUGGUUAUGUGGCCACGAAGUAUGAGAGAAGGAUCUCUAUUACCUCUGAAGAAAGCUCUGGUACUUUCAAAAUCUUGAUAAACAGACUAAAAAAAGAGGACUCUGGACUGUACAAGUGUGGGAUGGCCAUGCUUGGUGACUCUGGAAGUGCAAGAACCAUAGAUCUACAAGUGACUGAAGAGUCAACUCUUCCCAGGGAACCCAGGCUCCUGAAUGGAUGUGAGGGAGGCUUGGUGUUUGCCAAGUGCCACUAUGAUCCACAACGGAAUUAUGAGAUGAAAUACUGGUGCAGCUGGAAGGAAGCUGGAUGCUCCCUUGUGUCGGAUACCAUUGGAUUUGUACAGGAUGCAUUUGAAGGAAGAAUUCGGAUAAUCAGUGAUGACCAGGAAAAUGGGACUUUCAUAGUAGUGAUGAGCCAUCUGGAAGAAAAGGAUGCAGGAUGGUACUGGUGUGGGGCUAAAGAUGGAGACCCAGAGCAAACAUCCUCCAUGAAGUUACACGUUCAAAAGGAAUCAUUCUCUUCACUAGCUCCAAUACCAUCUGCAUCUGUGAGCCCAGUAUCACCAACGUCUGCUCUCCACAGCAUCCCCAGUCAUGUAAAUGUCAUAAGUCAGACAUAUCCCACCAGCAGAGUCACGGAGGAAAUAUUGGAAAAAACAACCCCUGAAGACAGAUUUGUAACUUUUAGCAAUGCAGUUUAUGAAAGCAUCCCCACUCAUGAAAAUGUCAUAAAUCAGACAUAUCCCACAAGCAGAGUCAUGGAGAGAAUAUUGGAAAAAACAACCCCUGAAGACAGAUUUGUAACCUUUAGCAAUGCAAUCUAUGAAAGCUCAUCAACCAGUAAACUGCAACUGCUUCCAAUUGUGAUACCAGCCAUCAUUGUGAUGCUGCUUCUUGUUGCUAUUAUUAUUCUUAUAUUUAUUAAAGUCAAGCUUCACAAGAAGAAGGAGAUGAACAGAAGUGCUGUGAGAAACCUUGAAGCAACAGUAAAGUGCUUAGAAGAACAAAUGAUGGAGGAAAACAUGGAUCCAGCAAAGAAAUGUGAACCUGAGCGAGGCCAUGACAAAGAACAUUCUUCACGGCUGUUGAAAGAUCCGGGUGGCCCAGAUGAAAUCUCUAAGUUUUUCUAA